AUGGUUUCGAAAACCUGGGUACUUCGCAAGCAAGAAGAAAAUGCUAUGAGCAUUAUUGAACGCUCAAUCGAAAGAGUGAUGCUAGGAGUAUCUUGUAUCGAGGAGGAGAUCCGAAGUUCUGUCUUAUGUCAGCUCUCGAAGAUUAGAGACGAAAUCGAAUUUGCCAUGGAAAGCAAAAUAAGGUGGCCCCUACACGUUAACAACACCAGAGACGUGAGCAACUGGGUUGCACCCGAUACUAUCCACACUACAGCUAGACUGGCGACUUAUUCGAUACUCUUCGUGUCCUACAAGAAAAGAGAAACCACUUGGCGACGUUCGCACGCAAUAGGGACAAAUAGAAGUAGAACUGCUCGAGCAAAUCGAGAAAGAGCGGGAGUCAAAGUGAUCAAAGUGAGCAAGGUGAUGUGUUGA